UGACAGCUUCAGCUGACACAGCGUUCACUUGGGCGUUAAACGUUAACUCCAGAUCUGGCUUAGUUCGAAGCCAUCACCUUUAAUGGUCUCUUACCUUACAGAACACAUCUUUAAUAGCUCCACACUUCUGUGGGAGAGGACAGACGACACUAUCAAGGGCUCGGUUGGAAAAUUUGCAUCUUUUCUAGGUCUUUUGCAUGGUGAGAAGUACUGCAAGGAGAAAAGCAUGGAGAACAAUGUGACACAGAUCUCCAGAGAAGAUCUGGAGAGUCUGAGAGAGGCUUUCAACAAAAUCGAUAUUGAUAAUAGUGGCUAUGUAAGUGAUUUUGAACUUCAGGAGCUCUUUCGAGAGGCCAGCUUUCACAUUCCGGGAUACAAGGUACGGGAGAUCGUGGAGAAGUUCAUGGCAGGUGACACCAACAAAGACGAGAAGAUCAGUUUUGAAGAGUUUGUUGCGAUAUACCAAGAGCUGAGAAGCAAAGAGGUGCGAGAAACUUUCCGCAAGAGCAUCUCCAGGCGGGACGGGAUUCGUUCCUUUGGAGGAACAUCAAGGAUCUCAAGUGAAGGAACUCAGCAUUCUUACUCAGAUGAAGAAAAAGUGGCCUUUGUGAACUGGAUCAAUAAGGCCUUGGCAAAGGAUCCGGACUGCAAGCAUCUGAUCCCAAUGGACCCGGAGACUGACAGUUUAUUCAAAUCUGUGAAAGAUGGAAUAUUGCUGUGCAAAAUGAUCAAUCUCUCGCAGCCAGACACCAUUGAUGAGCGGGUCAUCAACACAAAGAAAUGCACUCCAUUUACAAUGACUGAGAAUUUGGUGUUGGCUCUUAACUCUGCGUCGGCUAUUGGCUGCACGGUUGUCAACAUCGAUGCUCAGGACAUGAAAGCAGGAACCCCUCACCUCGUGCUUGGCCUCCUUUGGCAAAUCAUAAAAAUUGGUCUCUUCGCUGACAUUGAGAUCUCACGAAACGAAGCUCUAAUUGCUUUGCUGGAUGAGUCAGAGGAGCUGGACCACCUGAUGUCAAUGUCCCCCGAGGACCUUUUGCUGCGAUGGGUCAACUAUCACCUCAAAGCUGCUGGCUGGCAACAGAUCACAAACUUCAGUGAUGAUAUUAAGGACUCCAGGGCCUAUUUCCACCUGCUUAAUCAGAUCUCGCCUAAAGGAGACGGGGAUGACGAGAUGAGGAUUGACAUUGACAUCUCUGGUUUCAAUGAGCGUGAUGAUGAAAGGCGAGCAGAGCUGAUGCUGAGACAGGCAGAUCGUCUGGAUUGCAGACAGUUUGUCACUCCCAGUGAUGUGGUGGCUGGAAACCAGAAGCUCAACAUUGCCUUUGUAGCCAAUCUUUUCAACAUGUACCCAGCCUUGAACAGACCCGCCAGAAAUGGCAUUGAUUAUGCAAUUGAGGGUGAAACCAGAGAAGACAGGACGUUCAGAAACUGGAUGAAUUCUCUGGGAGUUACUCCACACGUCAAUCACUUGUACAGUGAUAUGCAGGAUGGUCUCAUCAUUCUUCAGCUGUAUGAGAGAAUCCAGGUUGCUGUUGACUGGACUAGAGUCAAUAAACCUCCCUAUACAAUACUAGGAUCCAACAUGAAGAAGCUUGAGAAUUGUAAUUAUUCCGUCGCACUGGGAAAAAAGGAAGCAAAGUUUUCCUUAGUAGGAAUCGGUGGUGAGAAUAUCAAUGAGGGAAGUCCUAUGCACACGCUUGCACUGAUCUGGCAACUAAUGAGAAGGUACACACUGAAGGUUCUGUCUGACAUCGGUGAUGGGGAGAAAGUCAGUGACCAAGUCAUCAUCGACUGGGUGAACAACACCUUGAAACAAGGCCAGAAAGAUUCAUACAUUAACAGCUUCAAGGAUAAAUCAAUCAGCACAAGCCUGCCAGUGAUUGAUCUGAUCGACACCAUCGUGCCCAAAGCCAUCAAAUACGAGCUGGUGAAGAGCGGAGACAUGACACCAGAGGACAAGCUAAACAAUGCAAAAUAUGCAAUCUCAGUGGCGCGAAAAAUUGGAGUCAGGGUGUACGCCCUGCCUGAUGACCUUGUGGAGGUCAAACCCAAGAUGGUGAUGACGGUGUUUGCAUGCCUUAUGGGAAGAAGCCUGAAGAAAGCAGACGGCUGACCUUUUUUGAAGGACGCUGUCAGAAAGCACAACCCUCAAUUUGCACUUUUUCUACCCCUGACUUCCCCUCCGCCUCACUCACCAAUACUUCAAUGCAUUUGUUUCUUGUUUUUGUCUUUUAAAUGAAUAUCUCUUUCUGAAUAUUUCAUCUCUGAUUAAUUUACUUCCUAUUAGUUAAAUUUCACUAAUACUUUAAUUUCCCAGCUUAUGUGCUACUGUACAUGUAGAUCAUUCGAAGGAAAUGUUAUUUUCUUAAAGGCAUAGUUCACUUAAAAAUGGCAAUUUGUUGAAAAUGUACCCUCAGGCCAUCCAAGAUGAAGAUGAGUUUGUAUUUCUUCAUCUGAACAGAUUAGGAGAAAUUUAGCAUUACUUCACUUGCUCACCAAUGGAUCCUCUGCAGUGAAUGGGUGCCAUCAGAAUGUUAUUAAGAUGUGAUUAAGAUGCUUUAAACCAUCACUACAGGCAAAAAUAGAAAUACAAAAUUUUUACUAAUCCUGUGAAUAAGUGAAAAAGGUUCAUCCCCUGUUGUCCAGUGACAUAUUUGUUUAGAACAAUUUUUGCUUUUAAGUGGUGCUUGAUCUGUGCACAUUUCUCUCCUGUUUCAGAGGAGACGUUUUCAUUAGAGAAAACAAUAUUUAUGGAUAGAGGACUCAUAUUCUUGCCUGCAGCAAUGGUUGAAGCUUGUGUACUACUUACUUUUGGAUUACUGUGAUGUUUAUAUCAGCUGUUUGGACUGACGGCACCCAUUCACUGCACAGUAUCCAUUGAUGAGCUAGUGAUGUAAUGCUUAAUUUCUCCAAAUCUGUUCUGAUGAUGAAACAAAACUCAUUUGCUACUUGGAUAGCCUGAGGGUGAAUACAUUUUAAGGAAAUACAAUUUUUGGGGUCAACUAUUCCUUAUUUAAUUGUGAAUAGUUGUUUUAAUUUAUUCAUUGACUCAUUAAUUUAAAUGAUUUUUUCAGUUGAACUAGAUUGUAAAUAGUUGGAUAUUUUUUUGCAUUACGUAAAUAAAGGUUGCUCACAAGAAA